GAGCCACAUAACAGACCCGCCUUAUGACGUAUAACCUCUAUUUCUCAGUAUUCGAAGAUUAGAUGUGAAAGGCGUGAGAGUAAAGAUGAUCCUGUGGGACACAGCAGGCCAGGACAGGUUCCGGCACAUCCUGUCCAGCUUUUACCGGGGCGCCAACGGUUUGGGCUUUGUCUUCGACCUGACAGACAUGGAGAGCUUCCAGAGCGUUAACCGCUGGGUGCAGGUGGCGCAGCAGUGUGGCGCGGAGUGUCGCGUCAAGAUGCUGGUGGGAAACAAGGCAGACCUCAAACACGUCGUCAGUAGAGACGCGGCUCUGUCGCUGGCCACGGUGAUAGGAGCCCAGUACAUAGAGACCAGCGCUAAGGAGGCGACCAAUGUGCAGCAGAUGUUCACCAACAUGGCUGAGAUGUGGGUGGAUAAGCUGCAAGAACAGGGAGUCUCAGCUGAAUUUCAAAGGCCAGCCGUCAGUAUUUCAGCUCACAGUGUACAAGGCUACGGGUGUUUAGGAUCUGAUUCCUGUUCCACACUGUAAAUACAUGCAAUAGUUCUGUCAAAUACAUGUAUCAGUUCUAUAUUAUAGCAUUUAAAAAACUUAAACAAUGUCCUACACUUAAUCACGUAGAGUGCUGCAUUUACAUUGUUUUUAACAAGGAUUCUUUCAGAUACUUUUUGGGCGGGGCGGGGAGCUCUUGAAACUCUGAAGGGAACGACGCGCCUAAAUUUCCAUUGGAUGAACUAUAUUUUUCUAUAUAAAUUAGUAACUAUUUUUUAUAAUACCUGAAAGAAACUAUAUUUUAAUGAAACCAUGUUCAUGGGAUGGUAUACGCGUUUCUUAUACUAAAUGUUUAAUUUUAUAUGCAUGUGUACUAAGACCAAUCAGUGUAAAUGCAUGCCAAGUACAUUAGAUGUAAAUGUGUACUUUGUACCUUUUAUAAAAUUGUGCUAUCAUA